AUGGCGAUGCUCUGGAAGCUAAUAGCCCUCCAGAACUUACGGUUAGAAGUUUCUCUAAUCUGUUUAGAAUCAAUACACUCUAGUGAUGAAAAAUUGCAUAAGCCAAUGCAAGAUAUCUACAGAUGUCAAACGGUUGAUGGCAAAGUCACUUCGAGUCCUGUUAGAUUACCAGAUUUUGUGUCCCUCUCAUGGAUAGCUACUGGAACAGGAGUCCUCUUUGCAUUCAUCUUUCUCUUUGGUGCAAAGGAACCUCAAAAACUGAACGAAAAGGGGAAGAAAUCAACGUGUGUUGGUAGCAUUGAAGAUCAAGUUGCAGCGAGCGAAAAGGAUGGAAAAUACGAUGAAACUGACUGCAAGAACCCUCCUACAAAAGAGCCUCAGAGACGUUUACGCGUAAAUAGCACAUAUUCAAGUAUUAUGAAUGCUCCUGGAAUCAUAUUGACACCGUUUGGAAGUAAAAAUGCAGACUCUUUUAAAGAAAGUCUUGCCCAUAGAUUUGUGGACAUGAUUAUGGCUUCGUCUCAAUUUGAAACCUACCAGCAUGACCUCAACGAAAGUGAAGAUAUCCUAAGCCGAGAGCAGCGUGAAAGAAAGAAAAGUUUUUUGCGGAAGUCUGUCAACGCUCUAUUGAAAGACAAAGAAAAUGAUUCGGAUCACAAUCAAUCAAAUCCUGACACUGAAAUGGCACGCAACAAUCCAGAAAGCGAGGACACGAAAAAUUGGAUAUGUUUAGAAGUAGAAAAUUUAGAUCGCGAACGUAAGAAUAGUCUCCUGUUUCGGGUUUAUAACGGACUCUUUUCUAGACUGCACCACGCAGAGGAAAGGCAAGCAACAUAUACUGGCAGCAAUGGACAUCAAGCAGCAGAGGACAAUGAAUACGACAAGGACAUAACUGGAGGAAAGUAUUGCAAGAAAGAAGAGAUGGAUACCAUUCCUGAAGAAAAAAUCAGGAAAACGUCCCUUGGAAUGGAUUCUAGCAAUAAAGGAGAGAGGAAAAUUGGAAAUGACAAAGAAACCAUGAUUAAAGACUUCUCUGAAGCGUCAGUUUCGUCCGACCACGGGCAAAGUGAAUACGGCCACCCUGCAAUCCCUAAUGGAGAUGAUUAUAGACUGCCUAGCUUUGGAUUUACCUGUGAUCGUAAUGAAGAUGCGGUGAAAGCAAAUGUUUUGAAUACUUCAGUUGGGAAGCCAAACAAGGCCGUGACUUUCAGUUCACCUGUAUUUCCAGCAAUGCCGUCAAUGCUCGAGGACCAGCCAAAGGAAUUGGUUUUUAAUGAAUUGAUUGGAGAAACAACAAACCUAAAUGAAAGUGCUCAGAAUUAUCUGAGACAAAGUUGGAAAAACGAUGAAAGUAUAGUAUCUUACAAAGGAAACAAUAAUUCCUCAGUUGUAGAAGCAAAUCCUGAUCUACAUGGUCCUCAUGUUUUACCGGAAAGUGUUCAGUCUAAGAGGAAACGUCCAAAAAGAAUCAAAGAUUGGCUGAGAGAUCCAAACUUGUAUAAGGUAGCCAUUAUUUUCACAUGUACACGCCUUGCACAGGACGCUGUAUACAGUUAUUUACCGUUAUUCCUUACUGAAAGGCUGCUAUUUGUAAAGGAAGCUAUCGCCUACAUCCCACUUAUUCUCCUGAUCAGUUCCUCCUUGUCAAGCUUGAUAUGCAACAGACUUAGUAGCAAGAUCGGAAGUAAGUGGAGCUACAUACUGGCGGCUUUCCUUGUGACGGGUGGUGCCAUUUGGAGUUAUUUUCUGGCCGUCCCCACGAAACAGUCGACCUAUGCACCAGUGGUAAUGAUAGGAAGCGGUCUGUCGAUUAUGUACGUAAUGGUACUUGUCUUCAUUACAGAAUUGAUUGGAGAAAAUAAGGAAACCAGUGGAUCAGUAUUUGCCACUAUCACUGUGAUCGCCAGAAUUUCAAGCGGUGGACUAAUCAUUUGUAUACAGAAGUUGUACCCUGAGGAAAGCUCAAACAGGGCGGUUGGCGAGUACGUGCGGCUUGUGUUUGCGAUGACACCUGGGACCUUAACUCUGGUCGGAUUCCUGUUGGUUUUGCUUUUCCAACCAUCAAAAAGUUCCAUCAAAAGUAAAGGGUCACAGAAUUUAGAGGAUCAAGCUGACCAAUCAUCGUUUGAUAUCCAAGUUCCACGCGAAAAUGAAGUAACGCAGAACGUCUGCUUGGAUAAAAAUCAAACUUCUUCUAUCACUGCGGUGCAUUCUUUUUCCGAAGAUACAAAACUAUAGUUUCUGCCACAAGUAUAGUAUAUGUCGGUGUUGUUUGAUCGACCAUUCUAAACAUCAUUACAAAGUUCGUCCAAAGACAAAAUUGACAAUUAAUAUCAUUUAAACAAAGGUAUUUGUGACUUAUUUAUCUCGGUGUUGGGAAGCCUGGUUAAUAAUAUUAUAUUUCACAGGUCUAUUAUAGUCAACAAGAAAUUGAAAAUAUGUUUUUACUAUAAUCUCCGAACGACGAAGAAAUAGCUUUCUAAGUUCUACAGUUCAAUAAUUACAGUUAGCUUUAUUAAUUUUUUUUUUUUAUCAACUCACACCUUACCUAACCGUGAAUUAGGUACGGUACAUAUGGUCAGUUUCUGUGUCGACUCGCCAUUCUAUUAGGAAGAUGCGAUGAUUUUCCUUUCUAUGUGAAUUUAACAAUAAUCUGGAUGCAAGAUACACUCGCUUUUACUUAAUUCAUUUUUCUAACAGGAACUUACUGGAAAUCAAUACUUUGCUUGUUUAAGUUACUUUUAGCAUAAUCCAAAGUCGCAGAGUUAAAUCCUUUCCGUCGAUUCCAGUAAAGAUUAAUGCUGAACAUUCGAGACUGCGGUACGUGUGUACAGUCAUUAUCUUUUAUUUUAAAAUCGGAGAUGAAUUCGUUACUAGUUCAUCCUGUCCGAGAACACGUAGCGGAAUUCUUCAUAAUAAAAGAAAAAAGCUUGAGUAGGGCCCAUCAUGCGACUAUGAUUUUUAUUUUUUGUUGGAUAGCAGUCUUUAAGCACUUUCUUUAACUGGACACAGAAUCUUUGCAAUUCUUUUUAUUCUCAUACAGAUGCUUUUGCUUUGCUAGAUCCCAAAAAGGUUAAAUAUAAAAAUGUGUUGAGCUUACAGUUAAGAGAGUUGUAAAGAAUUUAUACUGCAGAGGUAACGAUGUCUACAGUUAUACAUACCCUAACGUAAUUAAACGCUAGAAGGACAGCGGAGAUGGAUAAUCAUCUCAUCUGUAACAAUGUUUGGUAUCAUUGGCAACCGCUGACAAGUCGGCGGGCUCUG